AUGUCGGUUUCUGAAAUUAUAACCCUCGAGAAACGUCUUCUCGAAUAUGGGAAAAAUCUUCUUGACCCUUCUUCACUCGAGAUGCUUCUUCAACUUGUCGAUAAACUUUUCCUCUGCUUGUCAGAGGUGAAACAGGAUCCUCCCAUCUCAGUGACGAAUGCACUCUCUCCGUUGAAGGAUGCAUUAGUCGCUCCAAGACUCUUCGAGCAUUCGGAUGUCCAUGUGAAAGUUUCUGUCGCAGGUUGCAUCACUCAGAUUAUGAGAAUAACUGUUCCAAACGCUCCGUAUGACGACGAUGAAAAGAUGAAGGAAGUAUUGCAAUUAAUUGUGUCGUCAUUUGAACAUCUAUCUGACAUGUGUAGUAGUAUCUCCUAUGCCAAGAGUAUAGAGAUCCUUGAAACUGUGUCUAAGCUCAACAUGUCUAUUGUCAUGUUGGAUCUUGGAUGUGAUGCACUUGUUAUUGAGAUGUUCCAACAUUUUCUCAAGUCCCUAAGGGAUCAUCAUCCAAUGAAAAUAUUUUUAUAUAUGGAGAACAUUAUGACCUUUGUUUUAGAAGAAAGCGAUGAUGUACCUCCAGAGUUGCUUUCACCAAUUCUACAUUAUGUUAAAAAGGAUAAUAAGGUUCCACAAGUAUCACGGAGGUUGGCAGAACAAGUUCUCAUUAACUGUCCUAGGAAGCUCGAUACGUAUCUGACUGAAGCCGUGAAAUCAUCGGGCGUCUCUUUAGAUAUGUAUAGUAAUGUAGUGGCUUCGAUAUGUAGAAUCCAUGAGGUGGUUCAACUACCAGUGGCUGAAGAUAAUGGGAAUCGACAAAAUCCUCAAGACAAUGAGAUCAAGUCUAGAGUGAAGAUAUGGACCCAAGUAAAGUUUUUGAGUUUAUAG